CCCAUCUAACAAAUUGGCAGCUGUUGUCAAGUAGUUACCGACAUAUGUAUUUUAUAAGCUUAUUGCAUAUAAAUUUUGGUGUCGAUGUUGUAAAGGAAAUAAAACAAAUACAAUUGUGAGAAGAUAAAUCGAUUUGGUGAAGAGAACUGAAGAAUCUACAAAGAAGGCAUUUUCAAUCGUUAAUGAAGUAUAUUUGGGAUGAACAUAGAGGUGGCUUCUCCCGAGAUGAUGGUGUGCGAAACACUACGCGCCGCCACCGAUUCUAAUCAUGAGGUAGUUCUCAAAGCUGAAGCUCAGUUGGCAGAGUGGGAAACACAGCCAGGAUUCUUUGCAACUCUGGCACGUUUUGCGAUGCAUGUAGGGAAUGACAUCGAACACCAACAAUAUCAAGUAGACUUAAAUGUGCGAUGGAUGGCUGCAGUUUAUUUAAAGAACGGUAUCAAUAAGUAUUGGAGACGUAAUGUUCGAAAUGAACUGCCAAGCGAAGAAAAACAACAAAUUCGUGAGAUAUUGUUGAAAAAUUUCAGUAACGAACCAGUGCCACAAGUAGCUUUACAGAUUGCCGUGCUUAUAGCACGCAUAGCUCGCAUUGAUUGUCCUCGUGACUGGCCAGAGCUAAUACCUCAGUUAGUUAAACAGUUACAAAUGUGCGCUCAAAAUGAUAGUGGAGCUGGAGAACAACAACGAGUGCUACUUAUUCUUCAUCAUGUGAUAAAAGCUCUGGCGUCUCGUCGCAUGAUGGCAGAAAAACGAGUUUUCGAAGAACUAGCAAGGAAUUUAUUUAUGUAUAUGCAAGAGUUAUGGGAUGCUUUCACAACCCUUUUCUUUCAUCAACUAAAAACAGCUUCUAUAAAUGCAAUAUCAACUUUAGAACGUGCACUUUUAUCGAUGCGAAUAUUACGCAAACUUACAGUUUACGGUUUUCCCAAGCCCUUUAAAAUCGAAUGUUGCAUGCGCUUUCUGGAACAACUAUUUAGUCGACUCAAGCAGUGCUUAGAAUGUCGAUAUGAAUUACAACAUCUUGGAGCUGAAGAACAAUUAUUAAGACUACUUGAAAAGUUUAUAUUAAAACAAAUGAAAACGUUAACUGAAUUUCAAGAUAUGCACUCCAGUUCAUUUGCACGUUUUGUUCCUGUUGCUCUAGAGUUUAGCUUUGAGCAUGUCUUCCAUGAAGGUGCGCGUCUAAUAUUUACUGAUAAUGUUAUUAACUUUAGCAACUUCGCUAUUCAUUGCAUUAAUCUUAUGAAGGGCAUAAUGAUGUGCAGUGCUUAUGCAAAUUCGGCAAAUACCGGUGAACAACUUGCAACUGAACCGGAGGCCGCUCCACAUAUAGCACUAUCCGACUUUUUCACAAAUGAGCGUUUAUGUUACAUUUGCGACAAAAUUAUAACGCACUACUUUUUGUUGACUCAAAUCGAACUAGAUCAAUGGAUGGAGGAUCCCGAAGGUUUCGCACAAGAUGAUGGCGGAGAGAGCUGGAAGUAUGCUCUUCGUCCGUGUAUCGAGUCAUUUUUCCUCACAUGUUUCAGCCAAUACCAGUCGCAAAUGACGACUGAGGUUGUGAAGUAUAUACGUAAAGCUCAGCAAAUUGAAUUAUCUCCCGCAUCUGAUCUUAAAGAUAUACUACUAAAAGAUGCCAUAUAUAAUGCUGCAGGAUUGGCUUCAUUUCAUUUUUUUAAUGACAUCGACUUUGACUCUUGGUUUAGUAAUCAACUAUUAGCGGAGCUACGUAUUGAAAGCGACAAUUUUCGAAUUCUUCGGCGACGAAUUAUCUGGUUAGUCGCAGAGUGGGCAGCUGUUAAAUUUUCAAGAAACUUACGUCCUUUGGCAUAUGAGGCAUGCCUACAUUUACUGCGUACAACUGAGGAUAUGUCUAUACGACUGGCAGCUUCCCGUACACUAUCGACAUUAAUUGGAGACUUUGAAUUUGCCCCUGAGCACUUUCUACCGUAUUUAGAGCCUUCUUUCAAUGCACUUUUUGUACUCUUGGGAGAAGCUAGAGAAUGUGACACCAAAAUGAAUGUGCUGACGAUUAUGUCGUGUAUUGUGGAAAAGAUGAGCGACAACAUUGAACCGCAGGUGGAGAAUCUAAUAUCGUAUCUGCCACUUUUAUGGAAGGAAAGCGAAGACUUUAAUAUGUUACGAUGUGCUAUAAUAUGCACAUUGCAGCAGCUAGCAAAGGCAGUGCGUGAUAUCCCGGAAUCUAUGAAGCCAUUCCUCUAUAACGUUAUUCAGCUCAGCACUGACCUUCAGGAGCUCUCCCACAUCUACCUCAUAGAGGAAGGCCUGGCGCUUUGGGUUGCCGUUGUAGAGAAUUCGACCGUUAUGUCCACAGAACUGCUAGCUUUAUGCAAGAAUCUUUUGCCUAUCAUUGAAAUGUCCUCGGAAAAUUUGCGCAUAGUGUUGAUCCUCAUUCAAGCAUACAUUCUCUUGGACGCACAUUCAUUCCUUGAACGCUACGGAAAGGAAUUUGUUCAGUUUUGUACGCGAAUGUUCGAGGACUUACGACCAGAAGGCAUUGCACUGAUGCUUAAAGUGUUUGAAACUUGCUUGAAGUCAGAUGCAAAUUACGGACUGGAAUUAGUACGACCCGCCUUGCCUUACAUUUUUAAGCAGGUGUACCUGGAUAAAGAAUUUCCUAUGCUGAUGUCAAUGUAUUUGAUGAUGGUCGCAAGAGUAUUGCUUAUUAGUCAAUCCGUUUUCACUGCAGUUUUGCAGGAAUUGCAGUUACCUAAUGCUUUAGAGACUAUACUCGAUGUGUGGAUACGUAAGAUGCCGUUGGUAACGGAAGUUGAAAAACGAAAACUGUUUGCGUUGGCCUUUGCAUCGAUCUUUACAAAUAAUUCAAUAUUAAUUGAACGGUUUCCAGCAAUUAUGCAGAAUAUUGGAGACACGCUAAUGGAUGUGAUGCGCGAAGAAGAUGACGAAGUGGAUGAUAUUAACACUUCUGAUAGCGUUGUAAAUACUCCGCCCCGUCCAACUGGUGAGAAGGAAAUCAAAUUCUGUGACUCGUUGGUUUUUCUCGAUGAACAUGACUUGGAUACAAGCAACUAUUGUAUAAUGGACGAUUUUGACUAUAAGACUUAUCAUUACGAUCGCUGUAGACAGUUGUCUCUUAAAGAUCCAGUACAUAAAAUUGUGCUCACAGAAUAUUUGGAAUGGCAAUUGAAUACACUACGAACGCAAAUGGGCGAAGAAGCUUAUCAACAACUAAUGCAAACUGUGUAUGGCAGUGUGCUGGAGAAGAUCGGAAAGUUUGUUAAACUGAAUUUAAAUUUCCAACCUAACUAAAAAUAGUUUAUAUGGCAAAUAUGAAUUUUAUGCAAUAAUACACACAUACAUA